UUGUAAGACUAUUAUGUUUGUCCUUGCUACUGCUAUCAAAUUCAAUGAAUAGGCAUCAAACUAAUGUGCUAUAGAAUGUCUAAAAAUAAGAAGCAAAAGGUUAUGAAAAAGAAAAAACAAAAGAAGAAAGUCAAUAUUGAUGAAAUAUUUAAUCCUCCUUCUUUGAAACUUAAUGAAAUGCAAGAAAAGGCUAAAAUAACUAGUGAUAGCAUCCUUGCUCAGCAUUUUACAGUCACUCAUGGUCAUAAAGCUUGUGUUGAAUGCCAGAAGAUAACUAAAUCGUUGAAGAUUACUCAACUGCUGAAAGAAGCAAAUCUGCACCCCAAUGCUCUUGAGUACCUCAAGCAUAAAUACCCUUUUGGAUGUAGUCAAAAUUUUCGAGAAGCUCCAUUUGGAGCUUCUAUGGUGACUAAUGUACCAAAAACCAUUCUGUCUAUGCUUGAAGGAGCCAUUACAAAAGUCAGGCCUUUAUUUUUAAAGAAUGAAGUUCAUAUCACAGAUCCAGAUAACUCAAUCAAGAAAUUCAGGAGACAACUGACUAAGAGGAAACAAGAUCCACAUAGUUGCUCUAUUGAAAGAAUUCUAGACAACAAACAGUCCAAGGAUAGCUUAUUACCACAAAUCCAGCAGGACUAUCUUCUUGAAAAAUCUGAGCUCAUCCAGAAGUUAACAGUAAAGGAUGAAGUCAAGAAAAUGAUUCUAGGGAAGCUUGUUGGACCAGCUAUUAAAAAGAAGAAAUCUAUAAAGCAACUUGAAGAAUCUUCUGAACAAGAGCCUCAAGUUGAAAUCCAAGAGAACUUAGAAGCAUCUGAGCAGCAGAUUUUGCACAGAAAAUUAGAAAUACAAAAGAAAUAUAGAGAAAAGAGCGAUCAGAGGGCCAAAAGAAUUAAGCAGCAAGAACAAGAAAUCAGUAAAAUAAGAGCUUCAUGUCCUCUGUUUGCGAAACUUAAAGAAAUUGAUCACAAAUUAAAAUAAAGAAGAGGUUGAUCGGAUUUCCUCAGUUAUGAGCCAUAAGAAGCCAAGAGUAUCACCCCAUGGUGAAAUACUGAAGCAUAUCUCGAAUUAUAGUGCACAGAAAUAGCAAGAUGAUAGCUAGAUUCAGGGAGAAAAGACUGUCUUCUUACCCAAUAAAAGGGACUAGGAAUCAUGCAUAUUCGUCAAAUUCCAAGACAGUUAUUUCAAAAUUUAGAAGCACAGCUUUGGCAUGGAAGGAGAAGAUGGAGAAAUACUCUACUGCUAUCUCCAAUCAGAAAAAGCGCAAAUGGUAUGGUGAAAAGGUCAAGAAGGAAAUUCCCAUAAAGAUUUCAGAGAUUAAACGCAGAGAGAUGGGUAAAUUAUAAAGCAAAUGGCUCUCCAAAUGAAACCAUCAAUUGACCAAAUUAAAAAUUUGGUCAAAAGAAAACCGAAUAUGCUACUAAAGCCAAGAAGGAAGAGAAGAUAUCAGUUAAAUGAGAAGACAACAGAAAAUAAUAGUAGUUUUUAUGAAAAAUUACCUUCAGACACUAAUUCUAAUCUGGACACUAAGUCUUCUAAAAAUCUUCUUUUCACACAAGAGCCAUCAAAACGUCUAAACCUUGACUUAUCUUCUAAAGGGAUUUUCCAAAAGAACAAUCUCUUGAAGAAGCCAGAUAGGAAGAAGCUAACAACUACUACGAAAGAUCUGAAAUCUCAGGCUGAACUUCUUAAUUGAACACCUGAGUAUACUUCUAAGGAGAAAAGAAGUCUUCCGUACAAAUCAAGGCUUUGGAACAGUGAAAUUUCUUCAGGAAAUAGAAGUGGAGGCACUUCUUUCCUCAAUAAGUCACUGGACUUACAGAAGAGAGUCCGGUUCAAAGAACAGCUGACUAACUCCCUGGACGCCCUCCGGGGCGGCCAGGAAGUGAAUGAGAUGUUGAUCGACUGCAUACUCUAUAAGGUAAAGUUUCUCAAUGAGCUAUAAUAUCUUAUUUCAA